AUGGGUAACUCUCCCAAAUUGGAGAAAUCAGGUAAACGUGGUGCGGAUGCAAGCAGUUCGGAUAUACCGCUUGUUGCUUGGAAAGAUGCAUCUCGUACGAUGCCAGUGAAUACGACAGAACCAGAUUGUGUCCGUGUGAAUCGUGCAAAAGCGUGUGCACAUACAUCAAGCCAGCCUAACAGUGACGACUUAGUGGAUGAUGGUCAUCGUUUGCGUGUGGCUGAAAAUGCCCAUACAUGUGACAUUAAGGGCAAGAAAAUGUUGGUCAGUCUGAGCAUGCAGUUGGUGAAGAAAUUGGGUUGCACGACAAAGGACAUACGAGACUAUGGUGCAUAA